AUGAGUCAAUUUCAGUUAUUUCCUCCGCCUUCGCCGGAGGUAAAAGCGGCCAAGAACCCGUUUCGCAGAGGCGUCAAGAAACCACCCGCUGUGAAAGUUGAGCCUGCAUCUCCGAUUUCUCUCAAUGAAAUCAAAGAUUCGACUAAAGCCGAGUCUGUGCUGCUACAAAUCAUCGAAGACACUUCUUCAUUUCCUCCCCCGCCAUCUCAACCACCAAAUACACGGACCAAAUCUCCGUCCGUGGCGGAAUCAUCACCUAGUUCCAAGUCACCUCGGUCCCCUCGCAGCCGAAGCCGUCAAGAGAACAAGUCAUCUGCACGAGUUUUGCAAUCACAAGGCAGCGUUAGCACUAGCAGUAGUAGCAGUAAUCAUACUGCCAGCUCAACGGCUUCACCUCAAUCGUCUCAGUCCUCUGUCUCGCCAGUUCCCAUGAGAUCAAUGUUUCCUCGCUUCGAUCCCAAACUCCCUCUGAGCAAUCAAACUACGCAAUCCCAGAUGUCGAGUGAUGAUAAACCUUCUAAGAAGUCACGCAGACCGCAACUCACCCUAACUACUUCUUCCGAGAUCGAUCAUGUCUUGGGCCCAAAGACUGUUCCCGCGAGCGUUUUGAACUUUCCAAAUGGUGUUUCGGAUUCGGAGGAGAUUCGAUACUCGACUCCAUAUGAGUUGGAGAUGCUAUGGGAGGCUGCUAAUGGCCAACGGCCUCAAAAUCUCGCUGGAACAUUCAACCUCCACAUGACAAGAACUGGACCCGCGACCUUCACAUUUGGCAAUUCUCAACAGCCAUUUUACACGCUACAGACCUAUGAAAAUGACGAACUAUCGAUCUCGCGAGGAGCUCCAUGUAAAGCUAACAGCGAUGUACCCAUCAUGACUUUGAGUCUGGAAGACCGUGGACGUCGUGAGCAUCCCCAUGAUGGCCUUGUUGCUCUUCUCUUCUCGAGGCUAGCCGCCAUGCUUGCUAUCGAGCAAGCAGAUGAAAUCAGCAAACUCCAUCAACUCGCUCCAUCCGAGGCUGCGGAUGUAGAGAAUCAAGCUCUCAGGCGGGCAGCUGCGCAAGAGUCGUGCCGUUUAUCCUGGAAUCGCAACUCAAGGCUCUACGAGCUUCGGCAUCCCUCGCUGUCCAAACGACAGCCCCCAGCGCUGGUGGGAGCUGAGGGUAUCCCUCUCUCCCCCGUGCGAUCCAAGUCUUCGGGAAUCUUGUACAUCACGGUUUCUGCACCAUCCAACGACGCGAUGCCUCAUCAAGCCCCAACGAUCCUCGUUACUGGUCCCCCAUCAUCGAUGGCCCUGGCAGCGGCGCAGCAAGCUGCUAACCCACGCACUUCAACUCUCCCAGUUGCUGACUCGGAUGAGGCGUUGGCAUCUCUGGACUUUGCAACCAGGACCCUGACCAUCUCACCUGCUGCUGUCAUUGCCACUAUUCCUUCGCUCUAUGCUAUCGACUCGCUCAUCGCAGCCAUGCUCGCAGUCGCAGUCUCGGACGAAGCUACGAAUCCAAUCUUGGCAGACAUGGAACUCCGAUCGCCUAGUUUCACCGAGCCGGGUUCGUUACAGGGUGUUAGUGCACCGUACCGCGGGCCGCUCAUCACGACACAGGCAGAACGAGAAGACUACGCCGAAAGUCUCCAGCUCGCGUCUCAGAUUCGGGCUGCAAAUACCAAAGCAGAGGGGGCUUCGAAAAGAAAAAGUUUCUUUAAAUUCUGGGAUAGAUACCAGUCCACGCCGUCAGGUCAGGUGCGGACUACGAAGAAAGGCCAAGAGAUUGUGGUCGAGGAAUUCGACCUCGAGAAAUAUGGCCGCUACGGCAAGGGAUCGUCGCGAGAAGGCGAGAAGCUUCCUGGCAUUACGCGGACCUUGUUGAAAAUAUUGUUUUUCGGACUGGAGAUGUUGGUGAAGGGGUUGACGUUGAUGGUCAAAAUCCUGGCAUGGUUGUUGGUUCACUCGACGCGUUGCGUGACGAGUGAGAAGUUCUGA